CACCGUCGUGGCCGUGACGUCACGACCUGCUUGUCAGUUGGUCGCCAUUUCGCUGCAGUGAGCAGUAGUGGCGCAGAGAGCUGCCCCGCUCUACACUGAAUUGCCCGUGUGCUGUGCAGUGUGCACACGGUUCGGGCCUGCCGCUUUCUGCGAGGGACAACCGCGAGGCCCCGAGGCCAAGUGAUCUAGCGGCGCCGAGCGUCCCGUACCGUCACCCAGUCGAAUCGCGAGUGUAAAAGACCAAAGGCCCGCGGCUCCGACAUGGCGGGGCAGACAAUCAGUGACAGGUUACUCGCCGCCCGACACAGCAUCGCCGGCCAGGGGCUGGCCAAGUCGGUAUGCAAAGCCACGACAGAAGAAAUGAUCGGGCCGAAGAAGAAACAUCUCGACUACCUCAUCCACUGCACCAACGAGCCCAAUGUUUCCAUCCCUCAACUGGCUAAUCUGCUCAUUGAGCGCUCUCAAAAUGCCAACUGGGUGGUGGUGUACAAGGCCCUUAUCACUGUUCAUCACAUGAUGUGUUAUGGAAAUGAGCGGUUUACUCAGUACUUAGCAUCCAGCAACAGCACGUUCCAACUCAGUAACUUUUUAGAUAAGAGUGGGGUCCAAGGAGCUCGAGUGGGGUAUGAUAUGUCUCCUUUCAUCAGGAGAUAUGCGAAAUAUCUAAAUGAAAAAGCAUUGUCAUAUCGAACUGUAGCUUUUGAUUUUUGCAAAGUGAAACGAGGGAAAGAAGAUGGUACCCUUCGCACAAUGAACGCAGAAAAAUUGUUGAAGACCUUGCCUGUCCUUCAGUCGCAGCUGGAUGCCUUGUUAGAAUUUGAUUGCUCACCAAAUGACCUCACAAAUGGUGUUAUUAAUAUGUGCUUUAUGCUGCUGUUCCGCGACCUUAUUCGUCUUUUUGCAUGCUACAAUGAUGGCAUUAUUAACCUCCUUGAAAAAUAUUUUGAUAUGAAUAAGAAACAAUGUAGAGACGCGUUAGAUUUGUACAAAAAGUUCCUCAUAAGGAUGGACCGUGUUGGAGAAUUCCUGAAAGUAGCAGAGAAUGUUGGAAUAGAUAAGGGUGACAUUCCAGAUUUAACCAAGGCUCCUAGCAGCUUAUUGGAUGCAUUGGAACAGCACUUAAAUGCCCUGGAGGGCAAGAAGGGCAGUGCUGCCAACACUCCUACUCAAUCAGCCAGCAACCGAACGAAUGUUAAGUCCGGGGUGUCCGCCCUGUCUUCCACUAGCAGUGCAUUUGGAACAGCAGCGAGCAGCGCCAGGCUGGACGAGCAUGGAGGCCAGAUUGACGAGGCUCUGCGACGGCAAGUUCUCGCAGAAGAGGAGGCAGCUAUGAACCAAUACAAAGCCAAAGUUUCGUCUCCUACCACAGGCCCCAGUACAAAUCCUUUCCUGUCUUCUCCUACCAUUACAAGCUCUGUCGACUUGUUUGCCCCUGUUGAUGUUGGUGGCUUAAAUCAACAUCAAUCUUCGAAAGCAUCCGAUGAUCUCCUUCAGCUGAGUGGAAAUCCAUUUGCUGACAUGUUCGGAUCUGCCCCUGCCCCAGCUGCCGCUCCGGCACCUGUACCUGCCGCAAACUCAUGGAUGUCCAAUGGUUUUGCUGGUGGUGCAGCGCCCGCACCAAUGGCAAACAACAAUGCCUUUGCUAUCUUUGGUGAUGCCGAAGCAACGAGUAACGGCUCCGUGUUUGACGCACUAGGCGAAGUUCUCCAGCCAGCGGGGGGUUCAUCUGUGGCGGUUUCAGCGGCGGGAGCGGCGUCCCAGUCUGCGAGCGGCAAAGUUCUUACUGGCGACUUGGACUCCAGCCUUGCGUCGCUUGCUGAGAACCUUUCCAUGAACAAAGGAGCGCAGCAAAAUGUCAAGGGUGUGCAGUGGAACUCGCCAAAGAACACAGCGAAAGCAGGCGGUGUAGCCGGUGGAUGGACACCUCAACCAAUGGCAGCGACAACUGGUGCCAACUAUAGACCUAUGGGGCAAGGAAUGGCUUCAUCAAUGAAUUUUCAUAUGGGCAUGAAUAUGGAUAUGAAUAUGCCUACUCAGUUCCCUGCCAUGCAAUCAAUGGGCAUGCCUGGCAUGGUUCCUGUCCAGGGCAUGGCUGGCAUGGCUCCCCAGGGGAUGGCCCCCCAGGCGGCGCCGGGUAUGGUGCCCAUGCGGCCCGGGGUUCCUGCGGGUGUACCCAUGAUGGGUGGAGGUGCUGGUGGCGGUAGCAUGGGUCCUGGUCCCGCACAGCCCGGACAGCCGAUCCAGGCUCAACCACAGACGAUGGAUCCGUUCGGGGCUCUGUGAGCACCCAGCUCGCAAGUGUGGCCCUGCGCCCCUGCACAGCUCUACGCAGCUCUAUGCACUCUCUAGGAUUUCAAGUGGAACUAACUGCACCAUGUUUGUAAAUAUUGUUAAAUUUUUAAGAAAUUUGUGGCAAGACAACAGUUUGAUGAUCUGGAUUUUGCUGUGGACGGAAAGGCAUUGCUUCUCGUGGCCUGAGUGCUUAUCUCUCUCUCCAAGUUAACCAGACCUUCAUAAUCUGUCUGUAUGGAGGCUAAGUGUCCUUUUAGUAGGUUUUAGAUAUUGCUGUUAAUUUUUUUUAUUGUUGUUGGUUUGGUUCCUUUGUUUUCAAUCAACCAAAUUACUUCCAAGGCACUAUACUGACAACGGGUUUUUUUGUAAACUGUUAGGAUACAUAUCUUUCAAUAUUUGCUUUAAUAAAUAUUUUGGUCUGUUCAUUGGCAGAUCGUUUUAGUUAUUGUUAAUUUUGUUUCUAUGUUAUGUUUUAAAUUGUUGCUGGUUUAAAGUUAAUUUGUACUGAUAUGCCUCAGAUCAUGUUAGUGGCUGCACAAAUAGUCUGUUACUGCCUGCAUUGUUUAGUGAUGUAUUUAAUGGCAUGCUGUUAAGGGCUUAUGAUGUAUUGCCGUAUUUCCUUGUCAAAAUACUCAUGAGUGAAAGAUGCAAGAUUGUGAUAAGUUGUUUAGAAGUGUGUGUGAGAGAGAGUAUGUGAGUGUUCGUAUUUGUUGUCAAAUGAUUAUACUGUGUGCUUGUGAAAUGCUGAAGUGACAUUAUGGCAGUGGCCUGUUGGUUCUGGCUCAGUGUCCACUUUGCAUUUGUUGUAUUAUACAAAUUAUUUUAUAGGUAGUGAAUGCGCCCAGGUGUGUGUACAUAAGUAGUUUUAGACCUUUGUAUAAAAAGAUAGGAGUGUUUGGAGACAAUACAUGGUACUGGUCCUAAAUAGUUGAGGAACUGUACUUCUAAAUCAAACAGUAGAUUCAGGAAAUAUUUCCGUACUAUGUAUAAAAUAAUGAAGAUGUAUGAAUUGUAUGAUUUGAGAAAGAAACUAUAUUUGAUGUUACCUAGGCAAGUGACCGAAAAUCUAUGUACCACUUCAUAAUUUACUGUAUUGGAUGCUAGGUGAAAAAGUAAUGGAAUGCUUUGAAAGCAUACUCUUGCUUCUCUUUGUAGAUAAAUUUAUUGCAGCAUAUUGUAUAGCAAAGUGUAAACUGGUUUAAUGUGCUGUUCCCUUCUGCUGUGAGUAUAAAUAUGUAUAGUUCAAAGUAAAUGUGCACGAAUUUGAGACAUGUAUAAAUAUGGUUAUGAGAGAAAAUAUAUGUAUACAGAAAAUAUAUAAAUUAUAUAUAUGGAUAUAUGUCAAAUGAAUGAAAUUGCCAUGUUGUGCUAUUUUCGAACUUGAGCUUUUCAGAUUCUUUAUUUGGUUAGGCUCGAGUAUUUUCUGUUAGAUUUUUAAAAUUAUUAACAUUCCAGAUGGAUAUGGAUAUUCCAGUGCAAUAACUGUAAUGUGGCUAGAGAACGUGAGCCUGGGUUUGAUGUGCAUCUGAUCCUUUCCAUGCUCCACAAUGUAAUGCGGUAUGAAAUGUGAUUUGUUUUAGAGAAAUGUGGAUGAGACAUUUGAACACUACUUUUGAUGUAUGUUGGUUGAUGGACAUUUAGUGCUAGCCCCUCUCAUUUCUCUUCGGAAAUGAACAAGAACAGUAUUGGCGCUAUUUGUGCUUGCCGUGGACGGUGUACUGAAACCAUUUGUUUUGCAAGCUCACCUCAUGUUAAUUUAUUGCCAUGUAUUCCUGUGUUAACGUUUUUCAUAGCUCUUUAUAUAAACCUUUCUUUCUACAGUACCUUUCUUUUUUUUUCUGAUUGUAGCAAGAAAAUAAAAUAUGUAAAGUGAA